ACAUCUCAAUUGGCUUCUUUCUCGUUGUAUAUAAACAAGUUAAAGUAUCAUUGUUUCUUUUGCUAGUAAGGUACAAGUUUUACUACAAUUAUUAACAACAAUUAGCAAUUACAACAAGUGUAUUCUUAUCUGCAGUUGCUUAUCUCACUUAUACUUUACUUCACUUUACUUUAUUGGAAGCCACCCCGUCCACUUAUAGAUCGAUACACACACACACAUAUAUAUAUAUUUCACAAUGUCGAAUGGUAACUUCAUAGUUCAGGAAGAUGGUGCAGCCUCUGACUCCGCCAUCGAUUCUGCCCCAGGUUCUGCCUCUGGCUCCGCCCUCGCUUCGCCCAAAUUCCAAUCCUACUUGAACAACGAUGGUAUUGAUGAGCUCCAACCCUCAUUGAGAAAACACAGAGUGUCCAACUUGUCGUUGUCCGACUUGAACCAAUGGCAAACUGGUUUGCACAAGUUGACAUCGUCGCCUUCCUUGUCCAAUAAGGGCUCCUCCACUAAUUUGAAGAAGGUGGAUUCCUUGGCUAAGUUGUCAAGAAACUCGUCCAUCAUCAGGAGAAAGAAGAAGGCUGUGAUUGACCACGAGCGUGUUGCCUCUUAUGCCUUUUGUUUUGAUAUCGAUGGGGUCAUCUUGCGUGGUCCCGACACCAUCCCUCAGGCCGUGGACGCUAUCAAGUUGUUGAAUGGAGAAAACAAGUACAAUAUCAAGGUGCCAUAUGUUUUCGUCACCAACGGAGGUGGUAAGCCUGAGAAACAGCGUGCUGAUGAUUUAUCAAGAAGGUUGCAAACCACUAUUACUGAAGACCAAAUCAUCCAAGGUCACACCCCUAUGAAGGAUUUGGUUGACGUGUACGACACCGUGCUUGUUGUCGGUGGUGUCGGAAACACCUGUCGCCGAGUAGCAGAAUCGUACGGGUUCAAGAACGUGUACACCCCCUUGGACAUUAUGAAGUGGAACCCAGCCGUGUCACCUUACCACGAUUUGACCACUGAUGAAAUUGCCUGUUGCAAAGACGUUGAUUUCCUGAAGAUCAAAAUCCAGGCCAUUCUCGUGUUUGCCGACUCGAGAAACUGGGCUGUCGAUCAACAAAUUAUUUUGGAGUUGUUGUUGAGUAAAGACGGUGUCAUGGGAACCGAGUCGCAAACUUACCACGACGGACCCGAGAUUUAUUUUGCCCAUUCCGAUUUCAUCUGGGCUACCAAUUAUAAAUUGUCCCGAUACGGUAUGGGGGCUUUACAAGUUUCCAUUGCCGCUUUGUACCGUGAACACACAGGGCAAGAGUUGAAGGUUAACAGAUUCGGUAAGCCACAAAAGGGUACGUUCAAGUUUGCCAAUAAGGUGUUGACCCAUUGGAGACAAGGUGUGUUGGAUGAACAUUUGAAGAAGUUGUCGAUUCACGAUCCAAAUGCCAGCCAGGCUGAUAUUUUGAUUAAUGAAGAAGGAGAAGAAAUUAUCAACCAGAGCAAAUUGGAAUCUUAUCACUACUCCGACUCGGACGAUGAUACCGAUGACGAAAUCAAUAAGGUUGUCGGCAAGCGGGAACAAAAGACCGAUAAGAUUACCUUGGAAUUGCCACCUGCUUCUACAGUUUAUUUCGUAGGUGACACUCCUGAAUCGGAUAUUCGUUUUGCCAAUUCUCACGAUAGUUCAUGGCAUUCCAUUUUGGUCAAGACUGGUGUUUACCAAGAAGGUACUGUGCCCAAAUACAAGCCAAAGCAUAUGUGUGAUAAUGUCUUGGAAGCAGUCAAAUAUGCCAUUGAGAGAGAACAUGCUAAGGAAUUGGAAGAAUGGAACGAAACUGCCGUGGAUGAUGAAGCUUCCUCGGCCAAGAUUAACUUUUCCGACUUGGUUAUGACUCCAAGUGACACUCAAGAAUCGAAAAAGUCUGAGAAGUCAGAAAAGUCCGUGGCUUCAGUGGACGAGCUUGAAACUGUGGAAGUUCCUGGUAUUUUAAGCGAACAAAUUAGUAAAGUCAAGGAUAUCAAGGUUCAUUCCAACUUAAGAAACGAAGCUCAAUAAGGUGUAUAGUUUUUUUGUUUUGUUUUGUUUUUGUAUAAUUUAUAUAAUAUUGAAUUGAAUCCUAUAAACAUAAUCUAAUUACCUUU